AUGCCCAUCAAGCCACCCACUUUGUCCCAACGGGCGAUCUCUCAAACCUUAACAAGCACGGCAAACUUAGCCAACCUCCUAGCGUUCCAACUCCUCGUGCCGAUCUUCACCAACAACGGAUCGUGUGACUCAGCUACGCGCCCCAUGACGCUAGCCCCCCUCUUCUUCCUUGCCCUUUCCUGUUUUCUUGCUUCCUUCACAGACAGCGUCAAGUCAUCAGAUGGACAAGUUUAUUAUGGUUUUGCAACAUUCAAAGGGAUGUUCCUGUUUGACUACCCUCAUCCUACAGGUUCAGACCUGCCUGAUCUGAGCAAGUAUAGAAUCAAGUUUAUUGAUGGAGUCCACGGUGCUUUGUCUGUGCUUGUGUUUGGGGCUGUGGCUUUGAGGGACAAGAAUGUCUUGAAUUGCUUCUACCCAACACCUAAACAUGAAGCUCAGGAGGCUUUGAACAUUGCACCAAUUGGAAUUGGGCUCAUUUGCAGCUUGUUAUUUGUGGUUUUUCCAACCAGAAGGCAUGGAAUUGGCUACCCGGUCACGCCCGGCAAAUAG